CGCCGUUGCGGAUGGCUGGCCCCGCGGCGCCGAGCGGGACCCCCGGGGGGCAGGGCCCCGCCGAGCUCGAGGGGGCGCACGGCUGGCGCUGCCCCGAGCACAGCGAUCGCGUGGCCGAGCUCUUCUGCCGCCGCUGCCGCCGCUGCGUGUGCGCGCUCUGCCCGGUGCUGGGCGCGCACCGCGGCCACCCGGUGGGCCUGGCGCGGGAGGAGGCGGCGCGCGUGCAGAAGCACAGCCGAGAAUGUGUAAAGCAGUUGGCGACCAAGAGGCAGCAGCAGGUGGCUCACAUCGCCCACCUCGAGGACGUGGCGGCGAAGCUCCAGGCCCACGCAGAGUCAAGUAAAACCUGGCUGACGGGGAAAUUCGCGGAGCUCAGAUUACUGCUUGAUGAAGAGGAGGCGCUGGCCAGGAAGUUCAUUGACAAAAACACACAACUUGCGCUCCAGGUGUACCGGGAGCAAGUUGAGUCUUGCAGGGAGCAAAUGGACGUCGUGGACGAGCUCUCCAACAGGGUGUGGAGCAUCAGCCAGGAGCCCGAUGCCAUACAGCUGCUGCAGGCGUAUUUGGCCACAGAGCAGGAGCUGCAGCGGCACCUGAGCCUCGGGGAGCUGAGCCACCCGGAGCCCCUGUCCUUCGAGCCCGUCAAGAGCCUCUUUAAGGGCCUCGCCGACGCCGUGCGCAGCGCCUUGCGGACGCCGCUGGACGUGCGCCUAAAGGAGAACGUGAACUGCCAGCUCUCCGGCCCUUCCUGCACCAAGCCAGGUGCCUUGUGGAAAACAAGCCCCUCACCAGAGAGGUCGCUCCUCCUCAAAUAUGCGCGCACGCCCACGCUCGACCCGGACACGAUGCACGCGCGCCUGCGCCUCUCGGCCGACCGCCUGACCGUGAGCUGCGCGCUGCUGGGCCGCCUGGGGCAGCCGCCCGCGACGUGCUUCGACGAGCUGUGGCAGGUGCUGGGCCGCGACUGCUUCGCCGCCGGCCGCCACUACUGGGAGGUGGACGUGCAGGAGGCGGGCGCCGGCUGGUGGGUGGGCGCGGCCUACGGCUCCCUGUGGCGCCGCGGGGCCUCGGCCGCCGCCCGCCUGGGCUGCAACCGCCAGUCCUGGUGCCUCAAGCGCUAUGACCUGGAGUACUGGGCCUUCCACGACGGCCAGCGCAGCCGCCUGCGGCCCCGCGACGACCCCGACCGAGUCGGCGUCUUCCUGGACUAUGAGGCCGGCGUCCUGGCCUUCUACGACGUGACGGGCGGCAUGAGCCACCUCCACACCUUCCGCUCCACCUUCCAGGAGCCUCUCUACCCGGCCCUGCGGCUCUGGGAAGGGGCCAUCAGCAUCCCCCGGCUGCCCUAGGGGCCAGGGCCCCGAGCGAUGGAGCGAUCGCCCCCAGGCCUGCGCCUGGCAGUCCCUGGCCAGCGGUCUGGAUGGAUGGUUUUUCUCCUAGGCUAAUUUCAAGCAAGUCCCCAAAGUAGUGUUUCUUUAGUUCAGGUUUCUGAAAGGGACCUGCCCUCGGGUGAGCCCUCCUCUCUUUGCAUCCUGGCCUUGUCAGUGCGUUCCUCAGCCUCAGAGCCGCCGGGCCUGGCCCACAGUAGGCACUCAGUGGAUAUUUGUGCGUGGAUGAUAAGGCCUUGUAGCCCUUAAGGGCCCGAGGGUCUGCUGGAUCGGCCCGUCUGGCCCCCACCCCCGGCAGCAGCUACACGAGCUUCUUAACACUUCCUGGUUUCAACCUUCUCCCAUCUUCAUCUCCUACCCUAAAACCAGAGGGACCUGCCUGCGACCCUGCGGAACCUCUUGGAACUGCUGAGUCUCCCACGCGCACACGAGGGUUGUCCAGCGUGCCCUGGGCGCCUCUGGCUCCUCUGUCUCUUCUCAAAGGCCCCCAGUCCAAGUCUUGUCACAAAAAAUCACUGCGCUUUGCUGCUGCGCGCCCCCACCCGCCACAGCCCUCACACCCACAUGUAUACAGGGCAACCCCUUCUUCUCUUUGCCUGUCUCGGUGGUCCCCAGGCUUGCCUGCCCAGGGAGGGCUCUGCGGGCCACAGAUAUCCCUCCACUACCAGAGCCUUGAAUCUGGAACCCGUCUUUGCAGCUCUCAGGGUCACGGCCCACCCUCUAAGGUCCGGGAGUCUGUUCCCCGACAGGCAGUGAAUGGCCGGCGGGCAGCUCUCACUGGGUCAGAAACAGCUGGGUUGGGACGACCUGGCCGGUCACCCUGCCUCACCUCCUUGUACUUCUGACAAUAAUGAAAGGUCCUGACCGAAACAGCAGCUACUUCACAUUACCUCCGGGGUGCCACUCUCUUCAGCCUCCCAGACAGAUGAGGGUCUGGCCUGUCUUGAGGCCCAGCUCUCAACCUGGGAGGUCUGAGUGCUUAUUCAUUUCUCAGGGGAUGUUGGGAAGGAAUCGCAGGUGGCUGUCGCUAAGCAACCACACCGGCAGGUCUCCCAACCCUGGCAGGCCGGAAAGGAGAGCGCUAUUAGUGGGCGUUCUGUGCACUUCCAGACAUCCCAGUGCUCCUCAGAGCCAGAUGUUGCCAAGGAAACCCUGAGCGCUCAGGUUUCUAAAACGAAGCCACGGAAACAGGAGCCAGGGAGCAGGUGUCCCCAGGAGGGAGGUCAGCUCCCCUUGGGCUCUGGAGGUUCUGCAUCCUGAUGUGUCAGUCCCUCUUGGGUUGGAAGUGGGGCGUGUGAAAGCAUCUCCCCAGAAGCUGGCUGGGGGACCAGGGGAGCAGGAGGAAGAGUCCCAGCUGAAUCCCCCGUCUGUUGAGUCUGAACCAUGGAGAGUCACCUGUUGUCCACUUUAAGUGGACAGUGCAAACUAGGACACAAGGCAAGAGGGACCCCGGGAGUGCCUUUGGUUUUAACCACUAAUUGAAAGGAACGCUAGCUGGGUAAUGUCCAAGUGGGCUGCUCCAGGAUUCCCGGGAAAGGGGAACCGGACCCCACCCUGGGAACGGUGCCAGAGUGAAUCCUGAUGGGCAGAGGCCACCAAGCCCUGCCUCACCCCUGGGAGGCAGGCGUUCACCCUGUUCUGCACAGGGUGAACUGUAGACAGAAUGAGUCACUGGCCCAGGGUCACAGAGCUAGUGUCUGGGCCUGGGCUGUGGCUCCAGGUGUGCGCACGCUUGUGGCUUGUGUGCUCCUGGUCCCCUCUCUCAUUGAGCUCCUGCCCAUGAUGCUUUGCUUUUGCCUGGUUGCUCUGUGGGACUUGGCAUGAUUCUGCCUUUGCAUUCCCUUCCUAGGGCUCUGGGACAGGCUCUGUACCCAGAGGGGGCUGGUUUGAGUUUGGGGUUCAUGAGCUGGAACUGCAAGUGCUAUAUAAAAGAGCCAAAGGGUAUGAAUUUGCCUUAAACCCUCCGCACCAUGCUGGGAUCUCACAGCAUCCAGCGGAGCUGCCACUGCGCCUGUGUCACAGCCCGGGGAGGGUGGGGGCCGGGGGAACAGCUGACGUGCCCUGCUGCCACAGGCAGUAGCAGGGGCCUCUCUGGGGCCCGUGUCUUAUUCUCCUCCCAAGUUGAAGCCGGAGACACGUCCUUACUGACAGGGCAGACGUGUGUACGUGCGUUUCAAUGACAGCAGCUUUGUGGCUUUGUUGUAAUAAAGGAUGA